UUCACAACAUCAUUUUGUAAUGAUGAUUAGUGGUUCGGAGAGAAGGGAAGAGUGAAAAGGUCUUAAAACAAGGAGCGAACACAAACAAAAUCCAAAUAAUAAUACUUUGAUACACACGUUAAUCCAUGUGUCAGGGUAAUCAAUUUAUCAGGAGCAUAAUUGGAAUUAUAGGCAUAAUUACUAUAUUUUCACAUAUUAUUUCAGCGACUUUAUGGAUUACUUAUUUACUGGGAUGGCGUAUCAAUCGUAAAUUGAAAUAUAGAACUAAAAAUCAAAAUCUAAAUAAUAAUCAUAAUAAUAAUCGUCCCACUGAAAGACGUCGAGAAGUGCAAGUAAAUGAAAAUGGAGUAAAUGUCAGACAACCGAAUAGAGAUAUUAUAUCUCAACAGAAAUUAGUAUGGCCCGUCUGUUCAUUGAGAAUGUCAACACAACUGAUUAUAUUUUCAAUGGAAAUCGCCUACAUUUUAGGUUGUUGUACAGAUUUGAUGAGAUUAAUUUAUCUCUCGAUAACUGGUGAUGAUUUACGCUUAUUGUUCAGUGAAUGGUCCUGUAGAAUACAGAUAUUUCUUUCAUUUACAACUUGUGAUCUAUCUGGAUGGCAUUUUGUCUUUCUAUGCAUUGAACGUUGUUAUAUAACACUAUUUCCUAGAAAAUAUUACAGUAUGAGUCAUUCAUCGUUUGGACCAGCUUUAUCGAUGAUUGUAUUUGCUUAUACAAUUAGUGUUGCUACAAAUAUUUUCUUAUUAAUACCUACUCAACAUGUUUGCUAUGAAUUCUAUCAUAAUCCUAUGGUGAAUUUAAUAAAAUUUCUAUUUACCCUAAUCAUACCUGUAUUGACUACAACAAUAUCCACUAUAGUCAUGAUAACUGUUCUUGUAAAAUGGAAAUUGAAGAAAAUGAAGUCAAGAUCAACCGCACCCUCUCGUUUCAAUAAUUCAACCAGAAUUAAGACUGUGGACAAUCCAUCUACCUCAAAUAAAAGUAGAACAACUCGUGCUUCACUGACGUCUGCCUCUUCAAUUAAACAGAGGAAUAAUCAGUUGAUUAGUAGUUUACGUCGUGGCUCUGGGAAAUUGAUUGUUUAUAAUACAUCAGCUAGGAUAACUGUAGCGAAAAUGAUGUUAAUCUGUGCACUCUUAUACCUCUACACCUUAUUAUCGUUGUUUGUAUUCGGUAGAGUAUAUAGCAAAUACUGUUGUUUUCUAACGGCUAGUCAAAAUUGUAAUUGGAAUGACAAUCUCUUUAAUUUAUUGUCAAUUCUACAUUGGACCACUUUAUCAAUUACUAGUUAUGUUCUUAUGUUCGGUGCUGUGACUAUACGACAAGAUAUACACACUAUGCUGUUAUUUAUAUGGUUCAAAUUUUUCAAAAAAUCUCUGUAA